AUGUCCUCCUCCUCUUCGACAGAUAAUACAUCAGCGUCUGCAUCGCAAUUGUUGUCGACUCUUAUCCCAGCGGCGGUCAUUGCAGCUGUUUACUUCCUGAUUUUCCUUAUUUUCAGAAAAAGAGAAUCCAGAGUUUAUGAGCCACGUAGUACAGUGCAAUAUGUCCCAGAUGAUUUAAGACCUAGAGAGAGUAAACCGGGAGCGUUUGCAUGGAUUACAGGCUUGAUGAAGAUGCCUCAGCUGUACAUUCUUCAACAGACUGGCCCAGAUGGUUAUUUUUUUCUCCGCUUCUUGUUCGAGUUUGCUUUCAUCUGUCUUCUCGGAUGCUUUCUUAUCUGGCCAAUCCUUUUCCCGAUUAAUAUCACCAAUUCGAAUGGCCUCAAGCAAUUGGACAUGUUAACUAUCGGAAAUGUCAAGCACAAGUGGAGGUUACUAGCACAUGUGUUCGUUUCCUGGCUCUUUUUUGGAUUUGCAAUUUUUGUGAUAUAUCGUGAAAUGGUCUAUUACACAACUUUCAGACAUGCAUUGCAAACAACUCCAUUGUAUGACUCCCUUCUUUCCUCAAGAACGUUGCUUUUAACAGAGCUUCCUGAAAAAGCUUUAGCAGAAGAUGAAUUGAGAGCUUAUUUUCCCACAGCUACUAAUGUUUGGUAUGCUCGUGAUUACAAGAAAUUAGAAAAGCUCGUCAAGGAAAGAACAAAAUUGGCAGGUAAGUAUGAGAAUGCUUUAUCCGGUGCAUUGACAAAGGCGGUUAAAGUGCGGAAUAAGUGCGUGAAGAAGAAUAAGCCAUGUCCUGAACCUUCGGAUGAUUUGAACAAAUAUUUAAAGGAUGGCAAGAAGAGGCCGACUCACAGAUUGAAGUUUCUCAUUGGCAAGAAAGUUGACACUUUAGAUUAUGGAGUUGAAAGGUUGGGCGAGCUCAACCGUGAAAUAAAGAAGAAACAAUUGGAACACAACGCAAAUACACAAUGGCCCGCUGUGUUCAUGGAAUUUCCAACGCAAUUGGAGUUGCAGAAAGCUUACCAAGCUAUCCCCUACAGUUCUGAUUUAAACAAGUGUAAGAGAUUUACAGGAUUGGCGCCUGAUGACAUUGUUUGGGAGAAUCUCUCGUUAACUCCGAUGAAAAGAAGAAUAAAGAGGCUCAUAGCAUCUACCAUCUUGACUUUGAUGAUUAUCUUCUGGGCCAUCCCUGUUGCAGUAGUUGGUGCUAUUUCAAACAUCAACUUCAUCACAGAAAAGCUUACUUUCCUAAAAUUCAUUAAUAAGAUGCCUUCCGUGUUGAUGGGUAUUAUUACUGGUCUCUUACCAGUUGUUGCUUUAAUUGUAUUGAUGUCUUUGGUUCCUCCAUUCAUCAAGAAAAUGGGUAAGAUUAGUGGUGCAUUGACGGUCCAAGAAGUUGACAGAUACUGCCAGAAUUGGUUCUACGCUUUUCAAGCUGUGAAUUCAUUUAUUGUUGUUACUGUCGCCUCGGCUUCUGUGAGUUCGAUUCAAACAAUUAUAAACAAACCCGACUCAGUUCUCACUUUGCUUGCAACCAAAAUUCCCAAGGCUUCCAAUUUCUACAUUUCGUACCUUUGCUUGCUCGGCUUGGCAUCAGCCUCGAAGGCUGUUGCUAAUGUUGUUGGGUUGAUUUUGGCUCAAUUCUUGGGGAAGAUUUUGGACAAAACUCCAAGAGCUAAGUGGAAUCGUUACAUCACUUUACUGCAGCCUGACUUUGCCACACUUUAUCCCGGGUAUCAGUUUGUGGCUUUAAUAGCUUUUGCUUACGCAAUAGUUGCCCCCUUGAUUUUGGGCUUCGCUUCCAUUUCUCUUUUCUUGAUUCUUGCUGCCUUUUUGUACAAUAUGGUGCAUGUUAUGCAGCCAAACAAGCAUGAUGCACGUGGAAGAAACUAUCCUCUCACAUUAUUCCAGUUCUUCGUUGCGUUAUACUUAGCUGAAGUGACGUUGUUGGCUUUGUUUGUUUUUGGAAAGAAUUGGGCAUGUGUAGGUCUCGAAGCUUUUUGGAUCUUUGUGACAGUGGCUAGUCACGUAUACAUGAAGUGGAAAUUCAUCCCAUUGUUUGAGACUGUUCCAAUUUCUGCUCUCAAGUAUGGCGCAGGUGAUCGCACUUUCCAGUAUCCAAUGUAUGAUCAAGGAUCUAAGGAAAUCAGACUAGAGGGCCAGAAUUAUUGGGAAGGUGGCAACCAACUCGGAUUGGUUGAAUCGCCAGUUGAUCAGGUGUUGAGGGAUACCAAGGCAGAGGACUCGGAUACGAACACUCGUACUGGAUCCAAUGAAAAGUAUGCUGACUCAAAAUUAGAUAUGGCACAUCCUGAGCCCGAGAAAGGAAAGACGACGCCUGCUAGUGCAAUUAGUAGGUUUUUCAAACCGAAGUUGAAUACCUUUGAUAUGGUUCGAGAGUCCAUGCCAGCAGUGUAUUUCAACUACAUUGAGUAUAAUCCUGAUUUUGUUAGAACUGCUUACGAUGAUCCAGCAGUUACUGACGAUGAGCCACAUAUUUGGAUUCCGAAGGAUGACUUAGGAUUGUCUGAAAUCGAGAAGAAUAAGGCGAUUGAGAAUGGAAUUGACUGCUCGGAUGCUGAUGCUGGGUUUGACGAAAAGGGUAGCCCAGUGUAUCAUGGACCUCCACCUUCUUACGAGGAUGCCCUCAGAGUUUGA